AUGUUGCCUUUGUUCCUGGUCCUCUCAUGCCUGGGCCAACUGAUCAUUGCAGGCCAGGAGUCUGAAACACCAUUUCUGCAGAUCACAGUGCCACAGAAAAUCGAGAGCAACAUCAAGGAUGCCAAGGCAGCCGAAGCGCAGGUCUCUUACUUGGUCAGAAUUGAGGGCAAAGCAUACACGUUCCAUCUUGAAAAACAGUCAUUUUUACAUCCACGUUUUAUGGCAUAUUUGAAUACCAAGUCAGGAACAUUGCAAACAGACACUUUUUUAGUAAAGGCUCAUUGCUUUUAUCAAGGACACGCUGCCGAGAUCCCAGCAUCAACGGUGACCCUCAGCACUUGCUCAGGUCUCAGGGGCUUGUUGCAGUUAGAGAACAUCACUUAUGGAAUUGAGCCAUUAGAGUCUUCAGCUACAUUUGAACACAUGAUUUAUCAAAUAAAGAAUAAUAACAUUGAUUAUUCCCCCUUAAGAGAUAAUUUAAAUUCCCAGCAUGAAAGUCAGUCCUACCGAAUUCUUGUAAAACCAGAGAAAGCUGAAAAUGUGUCACUAAUGAAGAGGACGCUGCGGGUGAAGAUUGUUAUGGAUAAAGCAAUGUUUGACCAUUUGGGCUCUGAGAUGGGAGUUGCGGUUCAGAAAGUUGUUCAUAUGUUUGGUCUCAUUAACACCAUGUUUUCCGAGCUGAAGAUGACAGUGAUGUUAACCUCUCUAGAGAUCUGGUCAGAUGAAAACAAGAUUGAAACAAAUGGGGAUGCUGAUGAAGUUCUGCAAAGGUUUCUGGUAUGGAAACAAAAUCAGCCAUCUGAAAGAGUCAAGGUUAUCAUGUAUUUACUCCUGUAUAAGGAUUACCCUGAUUAUAUGGGAGCAACAUAUCACGGGAUGGCCUGCAACCCAAAGUUCACAGCAGGAAUUGCUCUGGUGAUGGCACUCCAUGUUCUGCUUCUACUGUUAGAACAACUUUGGGGUCUACAUGGAAGUGGGAUGGUUCGACGUUCCCAGGGAAUCAAGGUUUUUAGCAGCUGCAGCAUGGAUGCAUUCAAACAGCUGGCUUCACAGCCUGAUCUAGACUGCCUCCGGGAGAAACCAGAGCCAGAGUUUGAAGCUCUGCCCCAAGUUACAAUGUGUGGCAACAACAUAUUGGAGGGAUCAGAGGAGUGUGACUGUGGCCCUGAAGAGACAUGUAUCCAUAAAAAUUGCUGUGACCCUGAAAAAUGUACUCUGGUAAGGUCUGCGGAAUGUGGAACAGGGGCCUGCUGUGACAAAAGGACUUGCAAGAUAGCUGAACGAGGGCGUCCUUGUAGGAAAAGUACGGACCUGUGUGAUUUCCCAGAGUUCUGCAAUGGAUCAUCUGAAUUCUGUGUACCUGACACAAAAGCUGCUGACCUAGAACCCUGCAACAACAAGACAGCCUAUUGCUAUGGUGGGAUUUGCCAAGACUUGGAUAGGCAGUGCAUGAAUAUAUUUGGAAAAUAUGCUAAGGGUCCUAAUUAUUUGUGCAUGCAAGAAGUGAAUAAUCAACACGACAAAUUUGGAAACUGUCAUGGACACUGCAUGUAUGAUGAUAUAUUGUGUGGAAAAUUGGCUUGCUACUGGAACCACGAAAAAAUCAUUAAAACAAGCAAAUAUGAUCUCCAGUACACUUACAUUGCAGGCCAGGUGUGUGUGUCCGCACACUCAAGAAAUGCUCACGAAGUUGAUUAUUCCUAUGUACAGGAUGGUACUAUUUGUGGUAGUCACAAGGCUUGUGUUCGAUCAAAAUGCUAUAGUGUGCACCACUUGCAAGGGACUCAGAGGAAAUGUAACUCAGAUGUGAAGUGCCAAGGACAAGGGGUUUGCAACAAUCGAGACCACUGUCACUGUGAACCUGGCUUUGCCCCUCCGGAGUGUGACAUGACACCUUCAUCUCCAGGAGGGAGCUUAGAUGAUGGAUUUUGGCUGCCCCUGGACAGAAGCACACCUUUGGUUGUCAAGCGGCGUGAUACUCGCUAUAAAAGGGGACUUCUGAUUAGUUUCUAUGUUUUUCUACCUUUCCUCAUCAUGACCACUAUCAUUGUUGUCAAGCGGAAUAGCACACACAGUUUCUGGCAGAAGGAAGAGGCUAUAAGUGGAGGUGGGUCGUUAGCAUGCCAUUGGAAGUUGUGCAUUGAGGAAGAGAGGGGGUUUAUUACAAGCAAGUUCGUUGGCCUUACUGGAGCUCUGAGUGUGCUCAGGAACGCUGGCUGGAAUGGGAGUAUUAUGAUCAGGAAACCAAAGCAAACAAAAUUCAAAACCCCAAACAACGAAAGAUGCGUUCUGUAUUUUGCUGCAGAUUCCGAAGGGAUAUGUCUGCAUGUCACCGUGCCAGUGAGGAUAGAGCCACGCAAGAUCGGAGUUUCAGAAGGGAAGGUGGAGUCCCACAGACCCUCCCAAACACUACAGGCUACUGUUGUUGGUCUUGGUUACCCUCCAGAACUUGAUGAUGUGGUUAUCUUGCAUGACGAACAUGUUUCUGAUGAUUUUGCUACUGAGCAUCUUUUCAUACACCUGCUGGCCAUCUGCAUGUAUUCUUUGGCUGAAGAUGUGUUGAAGGCUUCAGUCCUCAUCGUUUUACUUGAUCGUUAA